GCAGAGAGCACGGAAGUUCUCGCCGGUCUUGGGGAUAAUGUUGUUGCAGAGGUUCGGACUGGCUCUUGACGGUGGAGGUGCAGGGUAUCUUUCCUUUCGACCAGCUGGAUUCCAACCUCCAGGUUGAGAUUCUUCGUAUGGUUCUGGUCUUCGACGGACAGGUGGUCCAUGCAAUUUCUCGCCUCGAUCCAUACUACCAGCCGAUAGUGGUACCUCUGAACUGCAGAGGGGAGAUAUCUCCGCUUCACCGGUUUUACGUGGGUAAGAGUAAGAUGAGCGUCACCUUUGCACAGAAGCCUGAAGACCUUCUUGCUCCCCUCUUAGUUUCAAAGAGAUGGAACUACAUCGGAGCCAACCUCUUUUACUCUGGGAACAAGUUUUGCUUCUCGUCCCGGGUGCGUGCGGAGGGUUGCGUCGAGUAUUGCGGGAUGGAUCUAGCUCGGUUGAGUGACGUCGGGUGCUAGAGCGGCGAAUUGAUUGUAGCAGGAAUGCUGAUGGAAAGCUCGACGGGAUUGGACCGAUUUCUGCGCACUGGUCUGCGCUGUGCAAGGGAUUGGACCGGGCUCGGUGAUGGGAGCGGCACAUAGAAGCGAGAGAGGUGUUGUUCCGAGUUGGGAAUGAAUAUUUUCGGUGGCGAGGCUGAGGGUCUUACGUCAGGCCUGCUAGCUCCUGUGGGUAUGCAGGGCCGGCAAUGUCCCAACGACAACGAUUAGAGCUAUUCGCAGAGUUCGAAUCUCUCCUCGGUUACAAUGACCUUGGCGCUCGCCUCUCAAGGGCCCAACAACGACGAUUGGAGUUAUUCGCAGGGUUCGAAUCUCUCCUUGGUUACAAUGACCUUGGCGCUCGCCUCUUUUGGAACGAUCUUGUCCGCUUGUUUCCGUCCCGGGCUCGGUGAUGGGAGCAGCACACAGAAGCGAGAGAGGUGUUAUUCCGAGUCGGGAAUG